AUGGCUUCAGCUUCUCGUCGCAACAUUUCUUUCAAGACGGUGGACCAGUUGACCUUGAGAGGCUGGUUUUAUCCUGCCGGUGACAAGUCACCCGUUGUUAUUCUCUCCCAUGGCUUAACAGGUCUGAAAGAGCAAUACCUGGACAACUUCGCCGCCAGAUUUCAAGCUGCCGGCUUCGCAUCUCUUGUCUAUGACAAUCGCAACUUCGGUGCAAGCGACGGUCAUCCCAGAUUCGAAGUCGACGGCUUCAAGCAGGUUGAAGACUACCACGACGCGGUCACCUACGUCUCCACGCUCUCAGAAGUCGACGCAGAUAGAAUCGCGAUCUGGGGUUCCAGCUACUCCGGCGGGAACGUGCUACAGGCUGCUUCCGUCGACCGCCGUAUCAAAGCUGUGAUUGCACAGGUCCCAUUCGUAGCCGGAAGCUCUGUUCCGGGCUUGAUUGACCUCAUGCCUCUUAUUAUCGCUGACCGUUCUCGUAUCAGCGACGGAACACCGGGCGCGUUAAUGACUGUCGUAGCAGAUACGCUCGCAGACGCGCAGGCAGGAACUGCGGCAUGUGUGCUCCCAGCCGAAGAUGCGUACAGGUUUUUCGUGCAGAGCGAGACCGGUCCCGAUGCCCAGUGGGAGAACAAAAUCACUCUGCAGAGCCUGUUCAAACUGAUGAAGAAUGAACCACGUGCGUACAUCGAGAGAAUCUCGCCCACACCGCUUUUAAUGGUCAUUGCCGAGGAGGACACGGCAGUCUAUGUACCAACACAGAUGGAGACAUUCGAGAGAGCAAAGGAGCCGAAGGAGCUAUUGUUUCUCAAGGGAACUGGCCACUUUGAACCCUAUUCUGGCGACUGUUUCGAGACCAACAUCGAAGCACAACUGAAAUUUCUGAGAACCCACUUGAAAGACUGA